AUGGCUGUAAGUUAUAAUAAUGGACGAACAUUUUUUUCUAAUGUACACGCAACUUUCUUAGACGUUGAAUCUACAACACCAGAAGGGUCACCGGCUCCAAACUCCUUUGCAUUCGGUGGAUCAGGUCAACAGCCGGCUCCUGCGGCUCCUGCUGGAGGUGCUGCUGUUCCUGAUACAUCAAGCAUUUUGAAAGCACUUGCUGAAAUGGCAAAGCAAAACACAGCCGCCCCAGUCGCUCCCGCCGUCCCAGCAACACAGACUAGCACAAGUAAUGUAUUAAACGCACAGGCUGCAGUCCCGCAAACAAAUGCACCGCCUGUAGACCAGACUGCGCUUCAAUCUAACGGGCAGUCCGUAAACCCCUUUGCUGGAAAUCUUGCCGCCCAAUUCCCAGGUCUGGCCAAUACCGCCCAAAACAUGUUCCAAAACCAACCCCAAGGUCAGGCUGCAGGUGCAGGCGCAGGCGCAGGUGCUUAUCCUGGUCAGAAUCCGCUUGCACAAUUGAUACAGCAGCAGCAACCUCAGCAGCAACAGCCAGCCGCCCCAACUCCUGUUACUCCAGACCCCCUUCAGCAAUUAAAUCUGAUCCAGCUUCUUGCUGCACAGGGUAUUCCACAGGAACAGUGGGCUACAGCUCUUCAAAUUUUAAAUCUUUCCAACGCAGCCAACGCAGGUGGAAUGGGUAAUAUGAAUCCUGCUGCACUGGCAGCCUUUGGCCAGAUGCCCGCAGCGAAUCAGAAUGCUUGGGGAGCAAAUGCGCAGCAGCCCGAGAACUCAUCACGUGACAGAGACCGGGACACCCGCUCUCCACCAGGCCAGUACCGUCGCCGUUCACGGUCUCCUGGAUGGGAUAGACGGCGUGAUGUUUCUCCUCCUCGUCGGCGCGAUAGCCCUGUGUAUGGUGAAUACCAUGGUGACUCUCCUGGCCGUAGCCGCGGUGAGCACGGUAGAGGAGGCCGGCGAGGGAACGAGUACCGCCAGCGCAGUCCACCCGGUAGACGCCGUCGAAGCCCUAGUCCUCGCAAGGAGAGCAACCUCCCUCCUCCGGGACCGAAGUUCAUUGACUAUGACUAUUCCAUUGGAGACGGAAACAUUAAAGUUCUGAGCCGGACAUUAUUCGUUGGUGGUGUAACCUCAACUGAAUCUCAUCUCCGAUCGCUCUUCUCCCGCUACGGCACAGUUCAGACAUGCAUUGUCAACAAUGACAAACGACAUGCGUUCGUCAAGAUGGUCAACCGGCGCGAUGCCAUGAAUGCCCGCGAAGGAAUGGAGCAGUACAAAUCCGGAGACAUGCAGCUUAGAACACGCUGGGGAGUUGGAUUUGGUCCCCGAGACUGCAGCGAUUAUCAUACUGGAGUCAGCAUAAUACCCGUUGACCGGCUGACUGAAGCCGACCGCAAAUGGCUCCUUACUGCAGAGUACGGUGGGACUGGCGGCAAGCCCAUCGAGAAUGGAAUGGUUGUUGAAGAGCCCGAUAUCGAGAUUGGAGCCGGUGUAUCUUCCAAGGGUACGUACAAAAACCUAAAAGGCCUGGAACUUUCUACCUUGUGUUUUGCAUGUAGACUAACUGAAACAACCAAAACAGCCAUCAGCCGACGCAUGGCAACCGACCAGGGAGGCAAGCGUGGCCCUCAGUCGAGCCGAUAUAGCCAUGAGCGCUUCCGCCGCAACGAACGCAGCGGCGGCGGUGGUGGCGGCGGAGGAGGAGGAAGUGGUGGUGACGACAGCCACAAUAGCGGUAGUGGCAGUGGUAGCGGUGACCAUGACCGCGACCGAGACCGUGACUCUGCCUCUGGGCCCAAUGCCAAUGCUAUAGGAGUUCCUCCAGCCGUUCCAGGGUUCGGCUUCUCGUUCCCUGGUAUGCCAAUGUUCCCGCCUGGGUUCAUACUUCCAGGCACGCAGACGUCGACCACCGGAGCCCCAUCACAGCCUAAUGCACAGGGCCAGUGA